CAACAAUAGUUGGCUGCUCCUGUGGCUGUGGACUCAGAGACAGAGCGAGCGCUCAGAGGGACACACAGGCGCUCUGUAAACCAGCUGCAGGCGCAUUACAGCUGUGCUUUUACGCACAGGCUCACUUACUUUUGGUUCAUCCUCUUCCUGCUCUUUGUCUUUAUAAAAGCACAGAAUUGCUGAAUCUGACACGGCAGCAUUUUAGAAAUAGGUUUUGGUCAUUUUGGUCUUUUUUUUUUUUGCCAUCUGUGAACUUGAGGAGCCCGCAGACAUUUCGGACUAGUUUUUUUGUCUCACAGGGUCGGUUCUCAGAGGUCUGUUGUUCAGACGCCGCAGCCGCUGACCCGUGGCGGACUUGAACUUCAGCAAGAGUUUGGUCAACUUGGGACGGUCACACAUUCCGACUCUGGGCUCUCACCUCAGUCGGCCCAAGAGGAGAAAACCUCUGUUGGUUCGUUCGGACAUUUCCUUGCGUGGAAAGGGGCUCACGCCAUCCCCGAAAAAAGGGGGACCAGAACAUUUCCAUUUGUGUGUGUGUGUGUGUGUGUGUGUGCGCGCGCCAGUGUUUUUUAUGUGAGUGUGCGGGCGACAGAGUGUGUACUGGGGGAUGCCUUUGGAUGUGGUGAUUGCCCCAGCGGAGGACUGCUUUUGGCCGGACCGGCCGGACACAGACAUGAGGCUGAAGAUCAGAGUUCGCCGGAUGAAAGCGGGGAGAGAGCUAAGAGGAGGUUUUGCUGCUUUCUCCUCCUGUUUUCCUGGCCUGUGUGAAGGGAAGCCUGCCACUGCUCUACCUAUGAGCUUGUCCCAGCCCUGCUUGCCUGUGGCUAAUGUAGGGCCCACCCGCAUCCUGCCACACCUCUACCUGGGCUCCCAGAAGGACGUCCUCAACAAGGAUCUGAUGGCUCAGAAUGGUAUUACCUAUGUGCUGAAUGCCAGCAACACCUGCCCAAAGCCCGACUUUAUCAGCGAAAGCCACUUCAUGCGCAUCCCAGUCAACGACAACUACUGCGAGAAGUUGCUUCCCUGGCUGGACAAAACUAACGAAUUCAUAGACAAAGCUAAGGUGUCAAACUGCAGAGUCAUUGUGCACUGCCUGGCUGGAAUCUCGCGUUCAGCAACCAUCGCCAUUGCAUACAUCAUGAAGACAAUGGGCUUGUCAUCAGAUGAUGCCUACAGGUUCGUAAAGGACCGAAGACCGUCCAUUUCCCCCAACUUCAACUUCCUGGGUCAGCUUCUAGAGUUUGAGAAGGGCCUGCGAUUACUGCAGGCUUUGACUUCAACCUCUGAUGACAAGGUGCCCGAAAACAACGCAAAGCAAAGCUCAGAGGUGGAGAUGAACGGUCACCGCGGCAAUUACGACUCAUCUGUGGCAGAUGCCAACACCCAACCAGAACCCAAGCUGCCAUCACCCACCUCCCUCCAGCAGGGCUUCAACGGCCUAAACCUCUCCGCAGAAAGGAUCAUGGACACUAACCGGCUUAAACGCUCCUUCUCCCUUGACAUUAAGUCGGUCUACUCCCCAAACAGUCCCAGCCCUUGCCCCAGCCAGGCACCCACACACUCUGAAGACGUCCCAAAGCUGUGCAAGCUUGACAGCCCAGGAACCGGCACCUCCAAUGGCGUCUGCUCUCAGUCUCCCGUCCUCGACAGCCCCAGCUCGGCUGACUCACCGUUCCCCUCACCGGGCAGCGGGGGCAGCAUCGGAGGUUUGGGGCUCCGAGGAAGUGAAGGAAUCCACCGCACUGGUUCUUCCUCAUCGAGACCCAGGAGGAAACCCAAGCACUGCUCCGGCAGUUCCCCGGUCCACUCCCAACCUCCACAGUCCCUCAGCUUGUCGCUGGACCGCAAGAGCCCCAGCCCGGACGAGAAGCUAAAGGGCUCCCUUCUCCUUUCACUACCCUCCGUGCCCACCGCUGGGUCUGGCGCCAUGUGGACCAAACACAGAGACACUGUCCAGGCCACAACUCCUGUCACUCCCACCACAGAUGCCCCCUGGCACUUUGGGGCAGUGGAGGUGGGCGAGAGAGAGAUGGAGCUGGGAGGAGGAGAGGAGUCGUCGGUGAGGUUUGGGAGCAGCUCGGCGUACUUGGCGUUCGGGUGCAGCGAAGGUGUGCGGUUACGAGAUAAAUCCCAGAGGGAGAAGCCCUUGGCACCACUGACACAGAGAGACCACCGAGACGCCAUAUCAUCCACGGCGACCCUGUCCAACGGUCCGAACAACAGCGGGCCCGCUUUGGACAAGCAGUUCAAGCGGCGCAGCUGUCAGAUGGAGUUCGAGGAGGGCAUCUCUGAGACGCGAUCCCGAGAAGAACUCGGAAAGAUCGGGAAGCAGUCAAGCUUCUCCGGGAGCAUGGAGAUCAUUGAGGUCUCCUGACAGAUAAUGGACAUGAUCAGAGCCGUCCCCUGGGGGUUGCAAACAAACCUGUUCAGAGGGAGGGCGAAAGGAGGACAUGCGACGAAGUAGAAGAGGCUUUGGUUCUGCUCCCCUGACAGACAGUGUUAAAGACUCCUACCGAGAGAGGUAGAUACGUGAGCGGAGAGUCAAUGUGAAAUGUAAAGGUCUUGGGGCGGGUGGGGUAAAGUAGUAGGUACUGAAACUCUUAAAUCAAUGAGCUCUGUCGCAGGAAAAUGAAAAAAGAAACAACCCUGGACUCUUGUCAUGUUGCAUCCUCACUAUACAGAAUAUCCUUAAUUUGACAGAGUUUGGACACAAACUGCUUGCCUGCGGUCAAAUGUAUUGUUCUUUAAUGGGUGUUUAGCUUGUGAUUUGAACCAAGCGUCCUGUUUCCUCCCAAUGCUUCACCCCAGUGUCAGAAAGCCUCAGAGCCUCGCACGACUACGUCCCCCCUUCCUCCUCCUCUUCCUCGUCCUCCUCCUCCCAGUGGCUCUGCCUGCUACCGACUCUGCAUAGCAACAUCAGACAACAAUAACAGACUCCUUAACAGCACCGUUCUCCUCACAUCACCAGAGCACAAGGCAGAGAGAGAUUCCUGGGACUUCAUCUUACGGCGGUGCUGUUUCCAGACAAUGAAGGACCCUCAGCAUUUUGUUGUUGAAAAGACUUUUCAAGACUCGUAGUGAUGGCACAGUGCCCCCCCCCCCCCCCACCUCCCCCUUAAAGCACAGUGUGUCCUUCCUGACUCCGGUUCCCUUGUUUCCAGUGUUAACAGCAAGAUGGGACUGAGGUUUCAGACGGGUGGCGAGGGUUUGCUUUAACGGCCCUUCAGCUCCUUUAUAGACAUCCGCACCCCCCUCCCACUGCUCCCAGUCACCAUCUAUGGUCACCACUGAGCAUGCACCAGAAAGGCUGACUGCAGAAAGACAAAUACUAUAUAUACAAUAGGAAUAUAUAUAGCAAUUUUAUUGGACUUCUAAUGGACUUUUUUGUUCAGUUAUAGUUUUAAUUUAUUGUAUUGGUUCAUUCUGGUAAUGAGAAAUAAUAUAAUGUUUUGUGGAUUUAUUUCUUUUUUUCUUGUUUAAAUAUUAUUAUUUGCUGUAAGGUAUUUAUGAACACACACUCAAACAAAUACAUACAUUCAACAAAAUCAAGCAAGCAAUACGUGCUGUUCCUUCUUUGGGGAGAGUGAUGUUUGAAUUUGAAAUGCACCUUUCUGUUUUCUGAUAACCGAGUUCGGCAACCGGAUACUCUGAAGACUAAGGCUUGAGUAUUGGAGGUCAGAAUCUCUUAAUGUGUAAUUAGGGAUUUGUCACAAUCAAGUACUCAAGUGUUAUCUAAAAACUUUGCUUGGUUGUGCAGAGGAACGAAAUAGCCGCACACGCUCUGAUCGCUCGUGCAAAGUAAAACAUGUCAGCCAGCGUCAUGAUAACUUGGUUAUCUAUUCACAAGAGAUUUACAGACGAGUGUCUUCCGCGAGCCAGCGGCAGUUCUUCAUCAUCAUUGCGCGUUCUACCAAAGCCCAAAUGACCAUACACACACACACACACCCUAUUCUGUAUGCAGUUUGAGAUAUGUUCCCACGUGUAAAGCAUAGGAGGCCCUUCACACCCUUUUGUUCAGUCUCAGGGGAUGUUUCAGUGAGCCAAGCCCAGCACCGGGUACACACAUCAGCACAGUGCAUGUCCAAAAAGCUCCUCCUCUUUCCGUCUUUUUUUUUUGCUCUUAUUUCUGACUUUCCAAAGCUUUAACAACCUUACAAAAUGGAAAGAAAAAAAAACUGAUCUCGAUAAAAAUGUUGCUCUCCUGUUGCAAGAUAGGUAUUUAUUUAUAACGUAAGAUGUGUUUAUUUUCCCUUUGACCCUUGAUUAGCUUCUCUCUCUGGUGAUCUCUGACCUUUGACCUUGGGCUGCAGCAGCUAUAGUGCGUUCAAAUAGAUUCCUCCUUUUUCCCCGAGGUUCAAGCAACUUCUCCUCACCCUUCUCCCUAUAUUUUUAAGAAAUGUUAUUACAAUUAUUUAUGACAUGUAACAAAGAUGAUGCAGGCUGUCCCAUUUGCUAAAAUUCUUGUUAUUGAAAUAUUAUUAUUAUUAUUAUUAUUAUUAUUAUUACUAUGUUGUGUAAAUAGCAACUCAUCUAUGAACACUGAAGAAUAUAGAUGAGUUUUUAAAAGAAAAUCCUGAUACCUUAGGCUGCUUGACGCAAAAAUACCUCAGGUUCUAUUGAAAGGCUUUUCCUUCCCCUGUACAUGUUUUGUGAAAAUGAGACAAAAAUACAGACAUGAUAAAAUACAAA